AGGGUGCAGAGUGCCAAUUGUCCGCAGAGGCAUGAGACGAAAUGAAAACCCCAGCAGCAGCAGACUGCAAGUGCUGACUUCUCAUUUGCUUACACCUCAGACGGCUAUGGCGUCUGAGAAAGAGGCUGCUCUCGCUGCUGUCCCCUCUGAUUCUCCCACCAUAUUUGACAAGAUUAUCAACAAGGAAAUACCGUCCAACGUCGUGUACGAGGAUGACAAGGUUCUGGCUUUCAGGGACAUAGCUCCACAAGCACCUACUCACAUCCUGAUUAUUCCUAAAGUGAAGGAUGGGUUAACUGGAAUUUCUAAGGCUGAGGAGAGGCACUGUGAGAUUCUUGGCCGUCUUCUUUACGCAGCAAAACUCGUUGCCAAACAAGAAGGCCUUGACGAUGGCUUCAGGCUUGUGAUUAACGACGGUCCAAAGGGAUGCCAAUCUGUUUAUCACCUUCACGUUCAUCUGCUUGGGGGCCGUCAAAUGAACUGGCCGCCUGGCUAAGCCGAAGCUCAGAUUGACAUGUAAGCUACGCUUCGUCCCUUAACUACACUCUCUGAAGUUUCUACUACUGUACUGGAGCUUAAAAUAAGUUGAUUAAGGUUGUCCACCUCUCUUACCAUGGAGCACCUCUAAACUUAUUGUUUCCUCUGAGACAAUGCUUGUAAGUUUUCAGUUAAUGUUCACUUCUCAGAAAAAUACUAUCGCAGUUUCUCAUUC